AGUACAGGUGAGACGCCCAUGUUCCCCGGUGCGUGGUGAGGGGCGGGGAGGGAGGGGGCAGGCAGAGACGUGUGGGGGAGGAAGGAAGUGGGAGGAGGGACGCGAAAGGCGGGAAUGAAUGGGACCAGGUGUGUCGCGGCCCAGCGGAAUAAACACGCCACGUCUCUCCCCUCAUCAUCCACCUCCGCUGCCGAGUGAGUGCUGAGCUGCUGCGGGACCAACACGUCUUGUGCUGCGCUGCCGAGAACCACGUGGAUGGACUGAGUGAUUCCUCUAGCCGCGGCGCUGUGGGGGAGUUAACGAGUGCAUGGUUCCCACACGUCCCCUCCCCCUGCGCCCUCCCAUCCCCCCCAGGACACAUUCCCAUACUCGUGCUGCCGGGCAUUCCUCCCGUGAGCGAGGCUCGGGAAGGAGCCUCAGUGGUGGAGCCGAGGCCUGAGAGCCUCCCAUGUGAGUAGCAGGAGAAGGGAAGGCGAGCACGUGUAACGACGGAAAUAGAAAUGACAAUGCAGCAGCGGGCCGUGGCAGGGCGAAGACGGUACAGCGGCUGCCGGCUUGUUUUCAUUCAGCAAAGAGGUUAAUGGAUACACAUAAAUGAACUAAUGUGCCAGCGUGCGAGUGUGUGAAUACUCAGUGAGGAGCUGUGGCAUGUAAUCACGCAGCAGUUCACGUGGGUCGUGCAAGCCGUUGGGAGCACCAAGGAUUGCCGUCCUGACACUGGCAAGGGGCAGGAGACGCCCUGGCGCUGGACACUUCCCAUGUUUGGAGGGUGGUUGGUUCCCUAGACUGGCAGUGUGCAGGGCAGCACAGACACUACCAUGCUGACCCAACUGGAGCUGCUGGGUGCCACAGGGAGCCUUGGGGUGGAUGAGGACAGUGGGAUGUCUGGCUCUCCACUGGACGGCCUGGUGGAGUAUCCCAUGGAACAGGCAGAGUUUGAGUACUUUGAAACAAGCCUUGGCAAUGAUACUUACUAUGAUGGGUCACAGCACCAGGACCUACAGCAGAGCUUGGCUGCCCCACCUGAUCUCACCAGCCCCUCCAUGUGUGACAUCCCUACAACUGAUGAAAAUAUUCUAAUCUAUGACCAGGAGAACAUACCGAGCUUCACCGCUGAUGAUCUGAAGUUCACCGAAGGCAUCAAGCCCUAUGAGGAUGGACUACAGUCGGGCGAGGAUGAGCUCAAGUUCGAGGAAGACAUACAAAACUACGAGAAGUUUGCAGAGGACUUUUACGACAGCAGCCUUGGUACCCACACGACACACGAUGAUGAUUUCAGCUUUGGGAACCUGUAUGAAACUCUGGACCCGGAACACCACAUCCCAAGCCCUGAGGAGCCAACGAGUAACCUGUGGAGUGAAGCAGCCAUCACCAGCAGCAGCAAGGGCAAGAUAGGGCCUCUGCAGCGACGUGCCCUUGACUCCAUCUUCCGGGUGACAGAGAAGCCUUCCCGUGGGAUGGUGCUACACAUUGCCUCAGAGCUCGGCCUGCACCACCUCACUGUGAAGAACUUCUUUUCCAAUGGGCGGCGGCGGCUGCGACGAGCAGCGGCAAGACUCAACGACCCGGAGAGAACCAGACGGGAGAAUGAACGGCGGAAAGAGAAGCGACGCCUGGCAGCCUUGGCAUCAGCAGCUCAAGCAGGAGCAGAUGGCAAGGGUGUGGGGUCCUCUGGUGGCACCAAGACAUCAUCACCCCGGAGCCUUCCUGCUGACUCCCCACCACCACGAGAGGCACCAGUGGUGUCUCCAGAGAGGAAAGCACUAAUGGAGAAGCUGGCAGACAAGGUGCAGAGGAGUGUGGCUCAGCGCUCCCUGGCUGCUGACUUGGAGCUUGCAUCUUCCAACACUCUCCAGCAGCCAACCCACACCCCACAGCCUCCCCAGCAGCUCAGUCAUGCCCUGCCACCCACCCACACCCACACACCAGUCCCACCACAGUCCACGCACAAUGCAGCUGCUCAAAGUGACAUCCUCUCACAAGCAUCCCAUGACCUGUUGUCCCAGGCUCCACAUGACCUCCUGACACAGUCCCCACAUGACCUGCUGGUUCAGUCCCCUAAUGAUUUCCUGGAUCCCUCCUCCACAUCCUCAUCCCUGCUGCAGCCUCCCACUGACCCUUGGGAUCUCCUCUAGUGCUGUGCUGCAACCUCUCGCCACCUUUAUGAGAAGAGUAUCUGGUACUCUCUCACGUCACAAAUUCCCGCAGUGUGCGGCCAGAACCUCCUCGUGUGUGUCCUGCUCCCUGUCUUUGCCUCCACACAAAAGUUUUAUACUCAGCAGAAGUCAGUUUACUUAACAGCAAUACUGUAAUAUUCAUUAAUGUUGUUGAUCCAUCUCAUGAAUGUUCAGUGCCUUGUGGAAAAUCGUUCCAAGAAAUCUCUUUAACACAAUGUUGUGCUAUUGGAUCAACAGUAUACUCUUCCUCCUGCAGACCUCCUCCAUCCUGCACAGCUGCCAUAGUUCAUGUGAAGAACAUCCUCCUAUUUCAAGUUAUGGUUUUGCUCCACCUCUCAGUGUGUUGCUUCAGUUACUUUGCUCAAUGUGCCUUACGACAGAGCAGUCUUCCAAUCACAGCAUGAAUUUCCCUUCCCCAGGGUGAAACAUUUCAUGUUAGUAAAUGUUUAAAUGUAAAUUCUAGCUCAGAAACAAUUGGUGAGACAUCUAGUCUACAUCUCCAAUGAAUGAAAUCCUGCUGACUGGAUCAGCUUACUCCCUCCUCAAAGUUUUUGCUUUAAUCUGCAUUUUUCUGAACAUUAAGAUACACAUGUGACUUUGUCCCUCCAGUUUCCAAGGAAACAAACAGCUGGUGGAAAUUUCUCAACAAAGAGCACAAGGGUUUGUGUGUCAGGGAGGGCGUGCCAUUCUGGAUGAUGUAAUAUUUGUUUUCUGUAUCAUACAUUCUACCUUUAGGCAAUAAUGCAUUUUCAAAUGCAUCAACAAAAGUGAAGUAUCUCUUACGAGGUUCAAUAGAAAUUUUUAUUGUUGUACAUUUAAUACUUCCUAUAAUAUGGCCUUAAAGUUCAUCUUGUACAAGUUUGUCUUCCAUUGGUGACACAAAAUGUCUGAAGCAGCGUGCCAGCCACCAUCACCAUCCUGCCUCACACCUCACCACAUGAGUGUGUGCUUCCAGCCAUACUGUGUCCCAUGUUUGCAGGACUUCCUCACAAUAAUGAAUCCAUUUUUGCUUUCUGCAUGCAUAAAUAUGAUUUCUGGUUUUGCAUAUGACAAAUGACAUUUGUAAGAGGAACACACGUGACUGAAUGACGCGUGACAAUAACACACACAUGAACAGGACAUCAGAAUUAGAAACAUUGUUGAGGACUCAUCUUCAUCAGGAAAGGGUUGACAAGCUGUAACCAAUCUCAGUCCUGCCUUACUAUGGAAACCUUUGCCUGGAAGCACACACUCAUGGGUCUGGGAGUCAGGUGAGGGUGCACUCCCCACUCACACAGCCACCCACCACUCCUGCCUUCAAGGAGUUUGAGUCUCUGGUGAUAUUAUACAACUAGUCAGUUUUGUACAGUAUCUCAAUAAUUAAUAGUAAUAAUUAUAUAAUGAUUACUAUGUAAUAUCUAAUAAUAAUAAUAAUGUAAUAUUAGCAGUAAGGCGCAUGUUCCAUUGCCUUAAUCAGUCAUCUUUUCUCCAAAUGCUAGUGCAUUGUGUGAAAAGUGACAUUUCUUCCUGGCAGUUAUGGUGUGACUACAUCUGUUCUGUUCUGUUAGUAGAUAAUAAUCCUGUGUAUGAACAUGUUUGAAAAUGAAGCAAUAAAUAUACAUAGAUGAAUUAA